UCCACAUCUCUCUCUCUCUCUCUCUCUCUCUCUCUUUUCUUGAAAACUUGCACAUCUCCCCUUCACCACCUUCCUCCACAUCUCUCUCUCUCUCUGCCGUUCUCUCUUCCCAAUUUAUCUCUCUAAAAGAUCCUUCGAAACCCAGCUAGAUUUCCCCAUUUUUGAAGAAACUAAGAAAAACCCAUAUCGGUAGAUUGAUUGUUAGAUUGUGUAAAUACAUAUAAACACAGUACAGAUGCAUUGAUGAGUAGGGUGUCCACCGGAAUGUUAUAGCGGGGGGUGGUGAAUGGGUUGUGUAAUUUCUCAUCUCAGUGCGAAAUUCGCCUUCUUUCCUCCGUCUCCGCCUACCUAUCAGAUCAAGAAACGAGACGACGGUAAACUAACUGCUAUAUACACAUCCUCCUCCAUGCCGCUGACAUCGGCUGUCGGAGCCGUUGAUGAUGGCGGUGGUGGCGGUGGUGGUUGCUCGUUUGAUGUGUUGUCGCUACGCACUAGAAGAGGCAACAAGAUUGUAGCUUUUUAUCUUAAGAAUCCAUAUGCGAAGCUCACACUGCUGUAUUCUCAUGGAAAUGCUGCUGAUUUGGGUCAACUCUUUGACCUCUUUGUUCAACUCAAAGCAAAUCUCAGAGUCAAUCUUAUGGGAUAUGAUUAUUCAGGCUAUGGUGCAUCAACUGGAAAGGCAAGUGAGCUGAAUACAUAUGCAGACAUAGAAGCAGUAUACGAGUGUCUUCAAACGGAAUAUGGAGUCAGCCAAGAAGACUUGAUUCUUUAUGGUCAAUCAGUAGGAAGUGGGCCCACAUUGCAUUUGGCUUCUAGAUUGCCCAGGUUAAGAGGCGUUGUUUUACACAGUGCUAUUCUUUCUGGCCUUCGUGUUGUCUGCCAUGUCAACUGCAUGUUUUGCGUUGACAUUUACAAGAAUGUUAACAAAAUUCGGAAGGUGAAAUCCCCCACACUUGUGAUACAUGGCACCGAGGACGAUGUGGUAAAUUGGCUACAUGGAAACAGGCUAUGGAAGAUGGCUAAGGACCCGUAUGAACCCUUAUGGAUCAAAGGAGGUGGACACUGCAACUUAGAAUUAUACCCUGACUACAUUCGUCAUCUUUACAAGUUCAUAUAUGAAAUGGAGAUCAUGACCACAAAAACUCGUCUUUCAAAGAUCAAAUUAUCAAAAAAGACAUCAUCUGCCUGUCGUUGUUCUUCUUGUUGUAUAAAAGUCGGGCAGCCAAGCUGGGGCUGCCCGAAAUGCCCUAAACCUCGUUGCCCGGAGUGUUGUGGCCUGCCAAGUUGUUGUUUGAACUGGAACAGUUGCUGUUGCGGGUGGGUGAAACCGAAAUGCCCGGAUGUGAAGUUACGUAAAUGCCCUUCGUGUUUCGGAUGUGGAUGUUUUACGUGUUUAGGGAAGUGUGUGAGGUGUUCGUGUUGGUGAUAUAGGUUUCGGGUGGGUGUGGGUAUACAUGUUAUGUUAGGAUUACGAGAAGGGAAGGUUAUAAUCGUAAUUUAACGGUUUGUAUAGAUUUUCUACGGCUCGUGAACAAGUGCAUGAAAAUGGCGAAAACAAUAGGUAUUUAGAGCUUUGAUGAUAACUCGGUUUUCUCUAGAUUUCUUUCUAUUUUCUU